AUGGCUCACGUAGGUGACUUUAUAUUUGUCAACACUUCGAAUCCCGAUCGCUUUCGCGACAAAGACAUCCAGCGCACCGUUCGAAAGCGCGUGAUGCGCGAUAUUGGCAAGGCGCGACGAAAAAGCAAGCAAACCCCUGCAGUGACCUUUGUCUGGCAACCAUCGCAUUCAUUGACACGACUGGUAUCACCGGAUCCAUGUCCGAGUCUCGGCUCAAAUCCUCUUCCCGUGGAGAUAGACCCCCGGGCCCUGGAACUGAUUCAUUUCAUGAAUGCGGAGGCAGAAUACAAUUACCGACCUUUUCGGAAGAUUUGGUUCUCAAUGGCUCUGAGCGAUAAGAGUGCUUUUAUCCUCUGCAAGGCCAAUGCUGCCAUGUUUCUGGAAGAAAUCCAACACCCGGAUACGUUUCGUUAUGAAACUUGCCAAGAGACUUUGACCUAUUAUGGCCAGUGCGUGAGACAAGUCACUGAAAGAUUGUCGAAUGCACAAGAGCGUACUAGCGAGGGAAUCCUCACUUGCAUCCUAGGAUUGAUCUGUCAUGAUCUAUACGUUGGUACCUUGGAUCGUUGGACUUACCACAUUCAGGGAUUGGCUCGUAUUAUCAAAAUCCGAGGAGGUUUUCUUGGUCUCGACGAAAGAGUCCAACUUUUCGCUUCUUGGUUUGAUGUCUUAGGGUCAGUGACUAAGGAUGCCCUACCAAAUUUACCCAGUUGUUCGAUCUAUUUGGAUGAACUAGUCAAGGAAACCAGGCCCCAGACACAAUUUGAUCAUCUUCUUGAUGACCUCGAAAGGGUUUCUAGUGAUUUUGAUUCUCUUGCCACAAUACUUAGGAGAGUACGAGUACUGGCGGAGUACAUCAAUAAUCGGUACAGCGAGCCGGGAUUUUGGAAAGUUGAAGAUGAUAUGAGCCCACUUCAACUUCUUGCACCAAUCACACAUGAGCUGCUCUCGAUGCCUCGACCAGAUGAGCUGGCAUCGGACGGAUUUGAAAAUUUCCGUGAGAUCAUGCGACUUGCUCUGCUUAUUCUUCUCUGCGGAUUGAAAGCAAUUUAUGGAUUCAGUGCAGUUGAAAUGCCUACCCUGCAGAAUAAAUUCAUUCGACUUGUUGAAUAUACGAAGGUGAACCAUCAAAGUUUUCCGCUUCAACGUCUGCAGUUAUGGGCUCUCGUCACAGUUGCUAUGCUCCAGCCUGGGGAGCCGGGGCGGGACCUCCUUAUCAGGGAAAUAUUCGCAUGCAUGAGAUCAUUUAAUUUACCUGACGGCCAAAAUGGGAUGAAAUCUGUUCAGAGUUUUAUAUGGAUUGAAAUUAUUGCAAAAGAUAAAGUUAGACGGCUCAUUCAUGAUAUGGACUCGCCGGGUAUGACUGACUGA